AUGAGAGACUUUGGAUCUUGUUUCAGUGAAUACGCAGUAGAGGUCUCUAGUAGUUCAGGUUCCAGCAAUUCUAACAACUUCUCGGUUUCUCAAAGUUCGGUCCCUUCAGUUCAAAAUGCCGUGACAUGUAUAUACAGAACUGUUUUCUCUACACAGGAACAGGUUUUGAUCAGAGUCACGUGGAGCAAGAACAGUUUGUCUCAAGGCCUGAGCAUAACCUUCGGCGAUGAGGAAUCGACGCCCCUCAAGCUCAGCACGAACCCGAGGUUGUUUAGAAAGUUGAAGGGCAGCAAAUCACUUGAAUUCCAGGCCUCUAAAAUUGAAGUAUUCUGGGAUCUCUCCACGGCCCGGUACCAAGCCUCCAGGCCCGAACCUGUCGACUGUUUCUACGUCGUUGUUGCUGUCGACUCAGAACUCAGCCUAGUUCUCGGAGACACAUGCAUGGCCCGCGAAGUGAUGACAAAGAAGCUCAGAACCGGGACCCGAAAGGCUAAAUUCUCAUUAGUUUCGCGUCAAGAAUACUUUUCGGGGAAUGCCCUCUACUCAACCAGGGCCCAAUUCUCUGAAACUGGCCCCGCCCAUGAGAUUUCGAUUCAUUGCAGCGGGGAAAACGAGGGGCUGAAGCAUCCAGUUUUGUCUGUGAGCAUCGACGGUAAGAUGGUGAUUCUGGUGAAGAGGCUGCAGUGGAAUUUCAGGGGGAAUCAGACAAUAUUCUUGGACGAUUUGCUGGUUGAUCUGAUGUGGGAUGUCCAUGAUUGGUUUCAUGGUCCCCCCGACUUGGGAUGUGGGGUGUUUAUGUUCAGGACAAGAAGUGGUUCGGACAGCAGACUGUGGAUGGAAGAGAAACAGGUGCAGAAUGAGGAAGAUAAGGUUGAUGAUCAGUUCUCGUUAAUGAUCUGUGCUUGUAAGAACGGAUGA